CAGCAAACAUUUGCAACACACGCACAGACACUCACACAAACAGCCAGGCAGGCAACAUAGACAGACAACAUAGACAGACAGACACUGUUGCACAGAAAGAAGGUAAACACUAAAGAGAGGUGGGUUAAAAAAAGAAGAAGAAGAAAGAAAAAGAACAAGAACAAGAGACGUUGUUUGUUUUGCAGGCCGGAGUAAUGGAGAUAUGUAGUACAGUGAUGUUGGGAGGCCUGGUGUUGGUUCUUCUGUGUUUGUUCAUGCUGAGGAGGAAGAGACACGUCCGUCUACCUCCCGGACCACGGGGCCUGCCGCUGAUAGGCAACCUGCUUCAGAUGGACAAACAGGCCCCCUACAAGAGCUUCGUCAAGUGGAGUGGUGUUUAUGGGCCAGUGAUGACAGUGUAUCUGGGGCCCCAGCGGGCCGUGGUGCUGGUGGGGUACGAGGCGGUCAAGGAGGCUCUGGUGGACCAGGCUGACGACUUCACAGGACGAGCUCCCAUCCCCUUCCUGGUCCGAGCUACCAAGGGAUAUGGCCUGGUCAUCAGUAAUGGGGAGCGUUGGCGCCAGCUGCGUCGUUUCACCCUGACCACGCUAAGAGACUUUGGGAUGGGCCGUAAGAGGAUAGAGGAGUGGAUACAGGAGGAGAGCCAAUACCUCAUAGACAGUCUGGACGGCACUAAAGCCAUGCCCUUUGACCCCCAGCCCUUCCUGAGUCGAACCGUGUCCAACGUCAUCUGCUCCCUGGUGUUCGGCCAGCGCUUCGGCUACGAGGACGACAAAUUCUUGCGCUUGCUCAACAUCCUCACAAACUUACUGCGCUUUGGAAGCACCGCCUGGGGACAGCUCUACAACAUCUUCCCCUGGCUGAUGGAACGCCUGCCUGGUCGGCAGCAUGUCAUGUUCAGCCAGGUGGACGAGCUGAGAGGCUUUGUGAUGAAGAAGAUCCACGAGCACCAGGAGACCAUGGACCCAGGCAUCCCUAGAGACUUCAUAGACUGUUUCCUCACCAGACUCAACCAGGAGAAGGAUGUGUCCUCCUCUGAGUUCCAUUAUGAGAACCUCGUGUCCACAGUGUUAAACCUCUUCCUGGCAGGAACAGAGACCACCAGCACCACUAUCAGAUACGCCCUCGUGCUUCUCAUCAAAUACCCUGACAUACAGGAGCACGUGCAGCAGGAGAUCGACACAGUGAUUGGUCGACAACGCAUCCCUCGAGUGGAGGACAGGAAGUCUCUCCCCUUCACCGACGCUGUCAUCCACGAGGUGCAUCGAUUCCUGGACCUCGUCCCGCUCAACCUCCCACACUACGCUACCAAGAAUAUCUCAUUCAGAGGGUACACUAUCCCUCAGGGCACCGUGAUCCUUCCCAUGCUGCACUCUGUUCUGCGAGACAAGGACCACUGGGCCACGCCAACAACCUUCAACCCUAAUCACUUCCUAGAUAUGAGCGGAAACUUCCAGAAGAACCCUGCUUUCUUAGCGUUCUCUGCAGGUAAGCGUGCCUGUGUGGGGGAAUCUCUGGCUCGUAUGGAGAUCUUUCUUUUCCUGGUGUCUCUGCUGCAGCGUUUCUCCUUCUCCUGCCCUGGAGGACCUGACAGCAUUGACCUCAGCCCAGAGUCUAGCAGCUUCGGUAACAUGCCACGCCAUUACCAGCUCAUAUCUACCCCCCGCUGACCAAGAGUGGAACUGCAGCUGCACCACCGGAGGAAAACUCUGGAGGAGGAGGUGUAGAGAUGAGGGACAGGUGUUUUGACCAGAUAGUAAUGCAAUGGAUGCUGAGGAUUCAGGCUAGUGUAAUCUGAUGAGUUGAAGGCUGGUCCAGGUAGCAGUGUAUCUUUCACUUUAUCAGUUUCUUUGUGUCUAAGCAAUGAAGUCAAUUCAUAUGGGGGUGAGCUAGACAAUGACGCUGCAUGUUAGUUAGAGGAUGCAUCACAUUGCAUUGGAAGGGAAACUAUCAGCUUAUGCAAUGGUGAAGUAUUUCUACUCUUUCGUUGGCUUUAUUCUUCUUUUUGAAUCAGAAAAAAAUACUAUAUUACGUAUACAGUAUACCGUCUUAAUAAAACUUUGGAAUUUGUGUAAUUAAUUGUUCCAGGAUGACAUACAUGACAAUGCAAUAGGGUACAUAAGGAGAGUACACAUUAGGCCUAUCACAUGACACGUUGACCUCUUGAUGUGUGGCCACAUAUUGCGCCGCCGCCCUAUUUUUCUAAAUGGCCCAGAGAAAGUGUGUUCUCUGUGACUUUUUUACAGGCCCCCGACUCUGUUAACUUGUUCUUGCAGAUCGGAAACCCCUUAUCUGUUUGUUUGACAAUAUCUGGUUAAAAGAUGAAUAUGAUGUAUAAAUAGACAACAUGUGUGUGGGAUUUCAUUCCCACUUGUCUCCAUGUGAACCAAAUAAAAAGUUAGUAAAUGUUCA